CAGACAUCCUGCUCCGCGUGGACUCGCCGUGUUUACCGCUAUGCCUGGGAAAUGUCGCAGAGACGGAAGAGCUGGUCUUAACUCGCAGUUGAGCGUGGUGAGCGUCCGGCGGGGGGUAAUCCCGGUGUUAGGCAGUUUGGCGAGUGUCUCGGGAGCGGUGAGGUGAUGGAGGCCGGCAGCUGCUCCGGCUCAGAGGGGGAGGCCGAGGGCGCGGGGGCCGGCACCCCCGUGCGCGUGCGGGUGGAGGGCAGCGUGUUCGCGGUGGACCGGGCCCUGCUGGUGCAGGGCUGCGACUACUUCGGUGCCCUGUUCCGCUCGGGGAUGCGGGAGUGCCGGCAGGAGGAGAUCUGGCUGCAGGGAGUGCGAGCGGGCGGGUUCCUCACCGCGCUCAGCGUGCUCCGCGGGGAGCGGCCCCUCCUCAGCGCCCAGCAGCUCGUCGACGCCGUGGAGUGCGCCGCCUUCCUGCAGGUGGCGCCCCUCGCCCGCCACCUGGCCGACCUCGUCACCUCCGACACCUGCCUGCUGCUGUGUCAGGCGGCCGCCGUGUUCGGCCUGCGCGAGCUCUACCUCAGCGCCGCGCUCUUCAUCCGGGACAUGUACGGCGACCUGGCGGAGGAGGCGCGGGCACUGCCGGACCCUGUGCGGCGGGAUGUGGAGGCCCUCACGCCCAGCUCCUACGUGGCGGUGGGGACGCAUUCCCCCUCCAUGGAGAUGCUGCAGGACUCCUUCCGCACGCUGUGCUACCUGGACGAGGAGGCGCGGGAGUGGAGGCACCUGACCGACCUGCCCACCCACGCCAGCACCUCCAUGGCGGGCGUGGCCGUGCUCGCCAACCGGCUCUACAUCGUGGGAGGGGUGCGCGGCGUCAGCAAGCAGGUGGUGGAGUCCUGCUUCUGCUACGACGCGUGGGAGGACACCUGGAGCGUGAUCCCCAGCCCCCGCCAGCCGCGCUACAACUUCACGCUGGUGGGCCAUGAGGGCCGGCUCUUCGCCAUCGGCGGCGAAUUCGAGCGUACGCUCAUGUCAUCGGUGGAGACGUAUGACGUGGCGGCCGGCGCCUGGUCCUUCGCCAGCAACGCCCCGUGGCCCGUGGCCGACGCCGCCUGCGCCAAGGCCAUGAGCCGCAUCUUCCUGUGCUUCUGGAGGCCCAUGGAGACCACCGACAUCUACGAAUACGUUCCCUCGACGGACCACUGGCGGCUCAUCACCUCGCUGAUCCGGCCGCAGAGCUACGGACACUGCAUGGUGGCGCACCGUGACAACCUGUAUGUCAUGCGCAACGGGCCUUCGGACGACUUCCUGCGCUGCCUCAUGGACUGCUACAACCUGAGCACGGGCCAGUGGACCGCUAUGCCCGGCCACUACGUCAACAGCAAGGGGGCGCUGUUCACUGCUGUGGUGCGCGGCGACUCGGCCUUCACUGUCAACCGCAUGCUGACGCUGGAGUAUUCCAUCCUCGGGGACCGGUGGAAGCCCCGCAGGGAGAUGAAGGGGUUCCCCAGGAGCGGCUCCGUCACCACCUUCCUGCUGCGGCUACCGCGGGCAUCCCGGAACCAGGCAACACCCCCUCCUGAUGCCCCAGGACCGUCUCCACGGUGACAGGACAGUGAGGCACACAGAUCCUCUAACAGGUGGAGUUAUCCUGUAAAAUCAGGGACUUCGACCAAUCAGAGCGUGUUUGCUGUGGGCAGCAAAGACUAUUUGAUUGGUUCAUUCGACCAAGCCCUACUCCUUAUAUCCCUGCAGUUAUUAAAACAAACAUCUUUGAUAAAAAUGCAUUCUCUGUGUUUGUUUGUA